UAUUUUGUUUAAAUCUCGAUUGUCUAUGUAUUGCAAGAUUUAAGAAUUCUUUAUUUUGAUCCAUUCAUAAUUUGCCCCGAAUGCUACCAGAAGGGUAGAAUUGUUUUUGCUUCAUUUAAAUAUAAAAUAUUUAAUAAUCUAAUAAACCGCAAUCUCAGUUGCACACUGAGGUAGCACUAUGCCAUUGCCAGCCAAAGAGCCCAUGUACUGCGCCGAGCAGAUCAAGAUACCUCCAGCACUCCCAGACAUCCUCAAACAGUUCACCAAAGCAGCCAUUCGCACCCAACCUGGAGAUCUUCUCUCCUGGUCGGCUGCCUACUUUGACGCGCUCAGCGCUGGCAAGGCUCCUCCUGUUAAGAACAGAUUUGAGGCUACAUCAGAAGGAAAGCACAUCACACCAGGUCUGUUAUCAGUGUUACACAAACAGCUACAAGGUGAUACCACUGUCCCAAUCAACGAACUCAAAGCAAAAUGGUCUCAACUGUCUCUUCCUGGUGAUAGGCUAGAUGAGAUCCUGACAUUAGGAAACUUUGUAGCGGACGUUAACUGGUUAAACUUCCUCUCACUAGCGUGCACCUCACUGGAGAGCAACCUUACUGACGCUGUUACGCUUCUCUGUAAGAUUCUCACCAAGGAUGCAGAAGGAGGACCAGCGGGAAUAGAGUACGAUUUAUUCAAAAAGCUGUACACAUAUCUGGCCGAAGUGGACGGUAACAUCACACAAGAGCACAUCGAAAGUGUCCUGGCAUAUCUUGACAACGAUGCUGCAAAGAACGCAAAUAUGAUUGGGCCCGCUCAUUUCACUCAUGCUUUUUGUCCUAAGCUAAGCGGUUGAACAAGUGUUUUCUUGCUCGUGCUUGUUUGCACUGUAGCAACAGUUUGAGAUUGUGUUUUCCCGUUUUUGUUCUUGCAGAUAAGCUUCUCAAGAGAGCUCAUUUAAUAAUAACUUGCAGCUGUCAAUCAUGUUCGAGUUAACUUUUCCUUUUUUGGGUAAAUUGCUAUUAAAACGUAUUUAUAUUAAGGACUGCCAUUGUUAUGUGACUUCCAAUCGAAGAAUGUUGUAUAUAUUUUCGAGUGUAUAGAUAUAUGUUGUUACACCCAACUAUCUUUUGAACAAUUCCGAAAUGAA